CGUUGGUCUUGUUUCAUUCAGCAGCAGGAAGUCACGGCACCCCGACCUGUUUAAUACCCGAACAUGGCUUCGAAUAACGGCUCAGUCGGUAAAUGGGAGGUGGUGAAGAAGGGUAGGAAGAAUAGCAGCGGCGGAGGAAAGACCCCGGCCGACAAGAAAGCCGGCAACGGGGCAAGGAAAGCCUUGGGCGAAUCUAACCAGCCAUCCAGACCACCCCUGAAGAUGUCAGAGACUCUGUACGACGGCUUCGAGAAGAUGGCAAAGAAACAGAACAAGGAGCAGGUUCCACCACCAGCAGAGCCCGAAAACAAGAAGCCCUCAUCGAGUAAACCAUCCAAGAAAUCACACUCCAGCAGUCCAGUCCAGACCACGGCGACUCACAAGACCCUCGAGGAAGCCUUCAAAAGUUUGGACGUUGGGGACCUGAAGCAGCAGUUGGCCCGCAGUCAGACCCUGUUCCCAGAAAAUCCAUCAGUUUGGGUCAAAGACCUGGCAGGAUACCUCAACCUCAAUCUGACUGCACCAGAGGCUGAGCCCACACUCAGCAGCUAUGCUCACGACUACCCAUACUGCUUUGCAGGGAAAGAGCUCAAGGGUGUGAUCAAAGGCCUCAUCGGGCGCUGCAGUGACAUUCUGCCAGAUUUCUUCGACCACUGUGUUUAUACAAUGCUCAGGGAGCUGGACAGACAGUCAGGAGAACCUCUGCAUGGCUACAGAGUUUGCAUCCAGGCGAUCCUGCAGGACAAACCCAGGAUAGCCACCCAAAACCUGCCAGAGUAUUUGGAGUUGCUGCGAUCAGUUCAGAAUCGUCCAGUGAAGUGUUUGACCAUCAUGUGGGCUCUCGGCCAAGCAGGAUUUUAUGACCUGAGCCAGGGACUAAGAGUGUGGCUGGGUAUCAUGCUUCCUGUGCUUGGAGUGAGGUCCCUGUCUUCAUAUGCCAUUGCGUAUCUGGAGAGACUCCUCCUACUUCAUGCAAACCUGACAAAGGGAUUUGGCAUCAUGGGUCCGAAAGAGUUCUUUCCUUUGCUGGAUUUCGCCUUCAUGCCCAAGAACGCUCUGUCAUCAAGUCUGCAGGAGCAGCUGAGACGUCUGUACCCUCGACUGAAGGCCCUCGCAUUUGGAGCCAAACCCGAGAGCACAUUGCACACAUACCUGCCAUCAUUUCUGUCCAGAGCCACACCACACUGUCCAGAUGAUAUGAAGAGAGAGCUGCUCAGCAGUAUGACUGAGUGUUUGUGUGUGGAUGUCCAGAGUCUCGGAGUGUGGAGGCAGCUCUAUACCAAACACUUACCCCAGUCCAGUUUGCUGUUGAAUCAUUUAUUGAAGUCGUGGAACAUCCUGCCACCAAAGCUUCGGAAGAAUCUUGAAGAAACAAUCCAGUCUUUCAGAGUGACCAAUGAGGAGAUGAGAGACACUAUCGAAUCUCAAGAGCUUCAGGACUGCAAUAGCCUGUGUCAGAACCUGCAGGUAAAGAUGCGUGGCCGUGGGUUCCCCUGGUCCAAACUGCUCAUGGUUCUGCUCGUGUUUGCCGCCGGCUUCAUCGCUCACGACAUCAGAUCUCACGGCUCCUUCGCAGAUUCAACCACAGCCUUGCACCUGCGAAACUCAGGGGUCACAGCUGUUUCUCAGCAGGCCUGGAGCAAAAUAAAGGUCUAUUCUUCACAGGGCUUCAGCUGGUUGGAGACAAACACUCCUCAUUAUUACUCUGAGUGUGUGCGGGUUCUGGGACCACUAAUGGACCAAGGUUUGGAAAAGACAAAAACAGCAGCCAUCUUCAUCUCUGAAAACACCACACAGUUUAUUCUCUGGGUCAAAGAAAAGACGCCGCAGGCCAUAGAAUGGGUGAACACCAACACACCCGACAGUGUGUUCCAGGUGUUGGCGUAUAUAAAGGAGCUGCUCCUCUUACUCCAUCAGAACUACAUCCUGCCAGCGCUGGCGUUCAUAUCUGAUCUGCUACAGCGAGCGUGGACCAACUUACAGGACUCUUGCAACGGUGAGGUGUCCGUAUCGUGUCUGCAGGAACACGCUUUGUCCUUCACCAACUCCACGUGGCAGCUGCUCCAACACACGACGUCGGCCAUCAAGACGUGGGCUCAGGAUCUGCUGACACGAGCGUGAUGACAUCACAGAUGCUGACUAAUUUCAACACCCACACACACACACAGUAUGCACACAUGAAGUUAUAUACACACACGCGCACACACUGACCCAAUCUGAGGCUGCCUUUCGGUGCGCCGGCUCCCCUCUCAAGCCGUGAUUGGACACUGUGGGGUCAGACACUCAAAACGGACCCUUCUUUCUCUUUUUUUGGCUACAUUUUUAAAUCAGUUUUCUGUUGUAUAGAUGUUUUUUUUUCUACCAAUCUUUUUGUCACUGCUGGACGCAGAGGUCGUCUCUCUCUCUCUAUCUCCCUCCCUGAGUUUUUUACUGCAGAUUUCAGCUGUUGCUUUAACCUUUGGGUUAAACAGAUUGUGUAAUUUAUAGAAAAUGUAGGUUUGUAGAUGAUUUAUAAACCAUUUUUAUUUAAAGAUAAAUAUAUAUAUAAAAAAAGUGUUAUGUGAAAACUUGGUAAAGGGCAGGGAAAAGACCAAAAUAAGAUAUUCCAGACUCCUCCAAGCCACUGAAGACCUCGUCAGCGAACUUCUGAGGGCCACUUCAUCUCCCACACAUGACUGACUCCUUCAGAAGAUUUGGAUCUGACAGCAAAAGGAGUCUCACAUCAGUCCAAAAGGUCCAGAAGAAGAAAUCUACCUGCUGUCUUGUCUGUCCUGCACCUGCACAUCUUCUCGUCUUUGCUGCUUCGUCAUCUGUCUGCUGUUUCUCAUGCUUCUUCAUUUGCCAUCAACGCCAGAGCUAAAAAAGCAGCAGUCGUGUACUCAUACUUGAAGGCUGAUGAUAUUCUGUGUGUGUGUGUGUGUGUGUGCUUGUAUGCGUGUCCGUCUAUGUGAAUCAACAAGCUUAUUCUCAAUAAUGGGCUCAUGAUUAACCCCCCACCCCCGUGCCAACGUCCUCCUGUAAGCCAGAAUAUGACUAAUAAUAAACAAAACAAAACAUUUCUGACCAGCUGAUUCACUAACCCUUCAUGUAAACAAGAUGUUUGGAUGGACACGGCAAUGACUAAUGUCUUACUUUGUAAUGUAAAUGAUUUAUAUUAAAGAUUUCAACCCCA